AAACCCCCUCAAUCCCCCAACCCAAAAAGCCUUUCUCUCUCUACAUAGCCCUUUUACCAUCUAUGACCAUAUCGUUUCCGUGAUACCCUUUAGAUCUUUUUUGGCCAAAAAAGAGAGAAAUGUGAAAAUGCGGAACAAGGGUAAAGUCCAUCCUUCCCCGUCAUCUUCUUCCUCCUCUUCGUCUCAUUCCUCCCACCACAACAACAAAGAUGCUUUAUCUGUUCUAAAACUCUUGCCUGCUGCUAUUCUUGCUAUAGCAGCAGUCCUUUCUCUCGAGGACCGCGAAGUAUUGGCUUACAUGAUCACUAGGUCCAUCAAGACUACCAACCCAUCAGCUCUUGUCGAUGAAAAAUCCAAGAAAAACUCCAAAAAAUCAGCAAAUACCGGUGCCCACCUCCACAAAACUACUCCUUUGUUUGACUGCGAGUGCUUUGAUUGUUACACUAGCUACUGGUUUAGGUGGGAUUCUUCACCUAACCGGGAGCUUAUCCACCAAGCCAUAGAAGCCUUCGAGGAGCACUUGAAUAACGGCGAGCAGUCCAAGAAGGGGAAGAACAAGAGAAGAGACAAAAUGGGCCGGCGUGGGACUCAGAAAUUAGUGGAUUUUCCGCUGCCCGAAGCAGGAAAUGGAUCGCCGGAGAUUCAAGAGAGUAGCUCUUCUGUGCCGCAAGAUGAGGCUUUCUCGCCGGAGUCAUCAGCUGGGGUAUUGGUGCCUGAGAGUGGAGAUACUGGUGAAGCGGCAGCGGCGGCCCUGAUAGUGGUAAAAGAGGAGGAGGAGGAUGUGGUGACGGAGGCUGCGCCGGAGACGGCUAUAAUUGUGAGAGGAGCGGCGCCGGCGAGCAACCACAAAGGACUAGCUAGAAAAGUGUUGCCGGAUGUGUUGGGACUGCUGAAUUCGCGUUUAUGGAGUCUUUGGAGUCCGAAUGUAUAAAGAAAAGAAAAAGGAGGAGGAAGAAAUCUCUUCUUCUUUUCUAUUAUGAUUAUUAUUUCGAGGAAAAGGAAAUGUGGAAAUUUCAAGUUUUAGCUGCUGCUACUGCUUCUUUGAGUAAUCAAUAAUUAUUAUUAUUAGUACUCGCUACUUAGGUGGACUACUUCAUCAUGGACUCUGCUUGCAUACCUGUUUUCAGUCCUUCUUGUGCAUUGAAGUCUUUGCUUAGUAGCUAAGCAUUACGAAAAUGUUGGUGAAGACAUAAUAGGUACUUUUGAUGGGCCAAUGAAAUGUGACGUUUCUGUGCUUCUCCUGUC